GUCACUCAGGAUCGCGUCGGAGUACUACUACUACGCCAUGGAGGAAGGAGCUAUCUGAAUUAUGGCCGGGGCCGGCGCGGCGCAAGCUUGCACCUACUUCUGAAAUCAGAAGGCUUCUCUGAGAGUAGCUUGCACCAUGGAGUGCACAGAGUAGUUCUAGGAGUACUGUGGCAGCAGGAUGAAACUAUAGUGUUAUGAGCAUGUGAAGAACAGACAGAUGGCUGUGUCAUUUCUGAGUCGGGCUGCAAGGUUGUAUUCCAGAAGAUGCUGUGCUAUCAAGGGAUCGCAUCCUUACCAAUACAGCAUCUCAAAAGAUGGACUCAAGAAGAGGUUUUCCAGCGACAGAUUUGGCGAGCGGAAUAACAUCAUCUUGAUAGGGAGUCCCGGUUGUGGUAAGACCACCGUGGGUAGAAUCCUUGGUCAGCGACUGGGGCGGCCGGUGGUCGACUUUGACAAUGACUACCUGGAGAGCUACUGGGGCAUGACAGUGGCAGAAAAGCUAUCUGCUGUGGGUCAGGAAAGCUUCCUUGCCGCUGAGAGCGAAGCACUGUUGAAUCUCGAUCUAAAGGACAGCGUUCUCUCAUUGAGUGGAUCAUCACCCAUGAACAGGCCUGCCAUGCAGCAUGCUGCCCAGUCCGGUGUCGUCGUGUUCCUGGAUGUGGACUCUCGGGACAUCGCCCAGCGGCUGAACAGGAUGAAGGUGGACCGCAUCGUGGGGCAGCGUCCGGGGGUUUCCACGCUUGACCUGCUUGCCUACCGGCAGCAGUUCUACGAGGGGGCUUACGACGUCCGGAUCCUCUGCGAGAGGUUCCAGAAUGCUGACGACAUCGGUGAGAAGGUUCUAACUGCUCUCUGCGAUCACCAGAAACGUCCUGGCUACGUCUCAACCAGAAGUGACUCAGAGAUUCAAGAAUCUGCUCAGCCUUACAAAGCGCCUGAUUUUCUUGACGUCGUCUUGCAAGGCCUGGCUGAUGACGCAGGGCUGUACGUGCCAAACAAAGAACCCCCGCAUUUAACUCGAGAAGAAUGGACGCGACUUCUUGGGUGCACCUACCAACAGCGAGCGCUACGCAUUCUAGAAAAGUGGAUCCACCCCCGAGAUUUUCACCCCAGCAGUCUUGCCACUGCCGUCGAGAGAGCUUAUUCGGUGGAGAAUUUUCAAAGUGAGAGCGUUGUUCCAGUGGCCCAUCUUCAAGACAACCAGUACAUCAUGGAAGUGUUCCACGGACCUACGGCUUCUUUCAAGGAUGCUGCCUUGCAGUUGAUGCCUCAGUUCUUCACACAGGCUGUGCAGAUGAAGGGUGAAAAAGUAAGAUAUAUGAUUCUGGUGGCAACUUCAGGAGACACUGGGAGUGCAGUGCUUGAUGGAUUCAGUAAAUUUGCAGGUGAAAGUGGUACUUUGGUGAUGGUCUUGUACCCUGAGAAUGGCAUCAGCGAAGUACAGAAACUUCUAAUGACAGCUGCAGCCGGAGACAAUGUCCAUGUUGUUGGGGUGGACAGCGACUUUGAUUUCUGCCAGACAGCCAUCAAGGGAAUCUUUAAUGACAGCGCCCUCAACGCCGAGCUGCUAUCCAAUCACGGCCUCCGACUUAGCGCAGCCAACUCCAUCAACUGGGGUAGGCUGGUACCCCAGGUCGUGUACCACGCCUCGGCCUAUCUAGACCUGGUCAAGCAAGGGGUCAUAUCUAUGGGAGAUGAGUGCGAUAUCUGCAUCCCCACUGGAAACUUUGGGAACAUCCUCGGUGCCAUCUAUGCCAAGACUAUGGGCAUCCCGUUCCGCAAGUUCAUCUGUGCCUCCAACGAGAACAAUGUCCUGACUGAGUUCAUCCAGACAGGCUGCUACGACCUUCGACAUCGUCAUUUGCAUGUUACCAUGGCACCCGCUAUCGACAUACUCAAGUCCUCCAAUCUUGAAAGAUUUUUAUUCCUUGUCACCGAUGGUGAUGGUGCAGAGAUCAGGAGGUGCUAUGAACAGCUUGCCACAGAGAAGUACUUCCAAGUCUCUCCAAAGGUCCUACAUCGAAUCCAGAAUGAAUUUUGCUUGGCUGGCGACUACUGCAAAGAAGAGGAAUAUGCAGCAUCCAUAAAGAAGACACUGACUCAAACAGGGUAUUUAAUGGAUCCCCACACCGCUGUGGCUAAAGUGGUCGCGGACCGUCUCAGACCAAGGGAUCGUCCCCUCCUACUCUGCUCCACGGCCCACUACAGCAAGUUCCCCACAGAUGUCGCAAAGUCCCUCGGUAGCCUCUCUUCACCCUCUGAUCACCCGGCGGAGAGUCUACGGGGCUUGGAGGCGCUCGCUUCACGGCCGGUAUCGCAUCGUCUGCUGAGGGAAGCGCUGGAGAGGCCCAGAGUGCAUUGUGGGAUCGUUGGAGCAUCGCGGGAUGACGUCGUCAACGAGAUGGUGGCUUUUGCCGCCAGAGCAACCCGUGGAUAAUUCACUAUUUGCACACGUUUGUCACUCAUACUUCAUGCGUAUAC